AUGUCACUUAGACCAAUUGCAAAAUUAGUUACAUCAACACGUCUGGUUGAAGGUUCAGGAGCAGUAGUUUACCGCUCAUUAGGUAUUUUCAAACUGAGAUAUUGGGAUCCUAUUUUAUUUUUUGAUCAUUUCACUGUCCAUGGUAACAAGGGUUUCCAAGCACAUCCACAUAUUGGACACGAAACCAUCACCUAUGUAUUACAAGGAGCCGUAGCUCAUGAGGAUUUCACUGGUGCGAAAGGAAUUUUGUAUCCAGGUGAUUUACAAUUCAUGACUGCUGGAAAGGGAAUCGUUCACUCAGAAAUGCCAGUUACUGGAAAAGAUGGAUCUCCAAGCAGUGGAUUACAGCUUUGGAUUGAUUUGCCUGAAGAUGCUAGAAAUAUUGAGCCCGGCUAUAGAGAUAUGCCUGAGUGGGAAAGUCCAAUUGUUAAUUCUGAUGAUGGAAAGGUUUCUGUAAGAGUUAUUUCUGGUAAAAGCUAUGGUGUUGAGAAUAUUAAAAAAUUGGCAUAUAUUCCUGUUGAAUUUUAUCACUAUACUGUGAAACCAGGUGGAAAAUUCAAGCAAGAAUUAAGAUCAGAUUUUAAUUAUUUGUUGUAUGUCAUUCGUGGUAAUACUCUUGAAUUGAAUGGUACUGAUAAAGUGGUACAACACCAAAAUGCUCUCUUACAACAGGAAGGUGGUGAUUUCAUUGCAGGUGAAAAUUUGAGCCAUGAAGAAAAAGUGGAAUUUGCACUUAUUGGUGGUAAAAUAUUAGAUCAAGAAACCCAUAAUCUUGAAACUAUGGUCUCUGGUACUCAAAGAGGUGUUACAAAUGGUAUUGUUGAUUAUGUUUUAAAACGUAACGCAUUUGAAAAACUUAACUCCUGGGAAUCGUUAAUUAGUGACGGGGUAACUGAUGAAAUGAUUCAAGGUCCAUUGAAUGGUAGAUUGGAAGUUCGUGAAGCUAGAAGAAAGGCUUAUUUUGAAAACUUGAAGAAAGAAACUACCCCUGUUGAAAUUAAUAAAGACAUAUACUUAGAAGAAGUUAAGAAAGAAUCUGUAGCUGCUUGA